AUGAACAGUCAAAAUCUCCACGGCCACGGUGGCGGCGCGCCCUACGAUCGGGAGCGCGAAAUGGACGAGCGGCAUCGCGCCAUCCAACAGCACGAAGAGAUGGCUCGCCGCGACCAAGAACGAGAGAGAGAGCGCGAACGAGAACGAGACAGCGACCGCUACCCUCCGGCACCGCACCAGAGCAGCGCGGGCUCCAUACCAAUCCACCAGCCGGUGGCCUCGCGGAUCUCGGGCGCCAUCCACAGCCCCGGAGGUCUGCUCGCGAACCACAACGGCAACGCGCCUCCCAUUUCCCUCGGCGCUCCUCCGGGCCCCAUGGGCUCCUUUGGCGGACCUCUACAGAGCGAGCACGCGCGGCCGAUCCAGCACGGCGGCCCCGGCGGUGCCAACGGCCAACACCAGAUGUUUGCCUCGAUUUCUCAUACACAACCUCCUCCGAACGGUGCGCAAGCUGCGCCCGGCGGCGGAAUCUUUGGGGGACCCCUACAGCCUCAGCACCCACAGGAAGGCGGUCGGGGAGGCCAACAAAACGCCACGAUGGUUGGCGUAGCUCCUGGCGGGCACCAGAUGCCAGGCGGCAUCACACAGGGCCAGCAGCCUAUUCUGAAUGAUGCCCUGACCUACCUUGACCAAGUCAAAGUACAAUUUCACGACCAGCCUGACGUCUACAACCGCUUCCUGGAUAUCAUGAAAGACUUCAAAAGCCAGGCCAUCGACACGCCGGGAGUUAUCAACCGCGUCUCUGAACUCUUCGCAGGACACCCAAACCUGAUUCAGGGGUUCAACACCUUCCUACCGCCUGGAUAUCGGAUAGAGUGCGGCGCUGGCAAUGAUCCGAAUACCAUCAGAGUCACUACCCCAAUGGGAACUACAGUUCAGUCCAUCGCUGGGCGAGGGCCUCAGCCUGAUGGCCAUGGACUGGCCGUGGGUGGCCAGCCUCUUUUCCCCGAGCGAGGAGGCCAAUGGCAACAGAGGCCUCAGCACAGUAUUGAGAGCCCGGAGGCUGCAUUCAGCACUCCCGUUCAAAAUGGUGCGAACCUGUUUGUGCAAGCCGCGACCCAAGGCGGCGCGUUUGAUGGCCCAGGAGGUCAUCAGCAGCGUAACCCCCCUCAGAUACCAGGAAGCGGUGGCCCUCCCGGCGGACCAAACUCCCGGAGUGCUCAUACUCCCAUGCCUGCCUCUGGCCCAGGUGCAGUCAACGGCGGGGCUGCCAAUCCCGCCAACAUGGAACGCCGUGGCCCAGUUGAAUUCAACCACGCUAUCAGCUACGUGAACAAGAUCAAAAACCGCUUCCAAGACAAGCCAGAAAUCUACAAGCAGUUCCUCGAGAUUCUCCAGACUUAUCAGAGAGAGCAAAAGCCAAUUCAGGAUGUGUAUGCUCAAGUGACUACUCUCUUCAACUCGGCACCUGAUCUCCUGGAAGAUUUCAAGCAGUUUUUGCCGGAAUCUGCCGGUCAGGCCAGGGCGCCUCCUGGCCGUCAGGACGACGGUGCCGCCGCUGGCUCAAGCCACACACCUCAACCCGGGAUGAGGGAUGGGCAGAAGAUGCCCCCCUUGGGAAGCUUUCCACCACCAGUCAGUGCGGCAAAGGACAACAAGAAGCGACCACGCACUGAUAAGCAAACUCCUACGCCCGGUGCUCUCCUUGCUGAACCCCCGACGUCGUCGGCACGUCUCCCUCCCCAAAACAUCAAUGGCAGCAAGCGGCCAAAGCUCAGCCAUGUUAGAGGCAGCGGAGAUGGCGCUGCCAUUGAACCCACCCUCACACCGGUCAUGCCUGAACCUUACCCUCCUCGUUCUCCUGCAACGUCAAAUCAGGAGGAGAUUGCCUUCUUUGAGCGGGUCAAGAAGUACCUCAGCAAUCGGUCUUCGAUGAACGAGUUCCUCAAGCUUUGCAAUCUGUUUAGCCAGAACAUCAUUGACAAGAACACUCUGUACCACAAAGGUGCCCUCUUCAUCGGCGCCAGCCCGGAAUUGAUGAGCUUUUGGAAGGCCUUUGUUGGUGUCGAAUCUCAGGAUGUUGUCAUCGAUAACAGGCCUGCGCCCCCGGUUGAGAAGGUCUCCCUGAGCAACUGCCGCGGAUAUGGCCCAAGCUAUCGCCUUUUGCCAAAGAGAGAGCGUCUCAAGCCUUGCAGUGGCCGCGAUGAGCUCUGCAAUUCGGUCUUGAACGACGACUGGGCUUCGCACCCUACUUGGGCCAGUGAAGACUCCGGCUUCGUCGCUCACCGAAAGAAUCAAUUCGAAGAGGGCCUCCAUCGCAUCGAAGAGGAGCGCCAUGACUACGACUUCAACAUCGAAGCAAACCUCAAGUGCAUCCAGCUUCUUGAGCCCAUCGCUCAACAAAUGCUUGCGAUGUCCCCAGCUGAAAGGGAGGCGUUCCAUAUGCCUUCGGCUCUUGCUGGCCAGAGCACUUCCAUCUUCAAGCGCAUUUGCAAGAAGAUCUACGGAGAGCGCGGUAUUGAUGUCGUCAACGACAUGUAUACUCAUCCCUUCGAUGUCAUCCCCGUCCUUCUGGCUCGUAUGAAGCAAAAGGAUGAGGAAUGGCGUUUCUCGCAGCGAGAGUGGGAAAAGGUGUGGCAUGCGCAAACACACAACAUGCACCUCAAGAGCUUGGAUCACAUGGGCAUCUUGGUUAAGUCAACCGAUAAGAGGAACUUGACGGCGAAGCAUCUGAUCGAUGUCAUCAAGACAAAGCAUGAGGAGCAACGCCGCGAGCGCAUUCUCAAGGGCAAAGCUCCUCGCCACCAGUUUGUCUGGGACUUCAAGGACAAGGAAGUUGUGCUCGACCUUUUGCGUCUGAUGAUGCUCUAUAGCAUGCAUAACGGGCAGCACAGCGGCCAGGAGAAGGAACGUAUUUUGGAUUUCUUCGAGACGUUUGUCCCCACCUUCUUCGACCUUCCCGAGGAUGUGGUUCAGGAGAGAAUCCCAAAGAUGCAGCCUGACUCGGGCGAAGAGGAGAUUGAAGACCAGACGCCAGCUGAGCUGACUAACGGCCGUAGUCGCCGCAAUGGAAAGAAGGGCGAUCUCCUUAGAGGGGUCCUCGACCCUGGCCGAAACGGUAGCAAACCACGGAAUCAGAAAGAGGACAGCGCUGCUUCUGGAAGCAAGGAGACGACCCCAGAGGUCGGAUCGGCCAACGAAGAAGAGAUGGCCGAUGCCAACGACGACACUGCCGUUCCCGAAGUGUCGAAUGAGCGAUGGAUGCCCACCAUUCCCAAGCCUGUUGUCGUCGGAGAUAGCGAUAACGGCCUCUUGGACGCCGAUGGCGAGCUCAAGGCAGAUGGCUUCUUCACUCGCCCAUGGUACAACUUCUUCUGUAAUCAGACCAUCUUUGUCUUCUUCAGCAUCUUUCAGACGCUAUACUCGCGACUCCUGGAUAUCAAAGACAGCAAGGAGGCCGUUGCGGCUGAGAUUGAGCGUCUCAACAAGCCCAAGCCUGCCAGGGACCUUGGCUUCACAGAGAACCACAUGACCUUCUUCGACCCCAACGACGAGCCUGCCAAGUUCUGGCCCAAGACUCUUGAGCUCAUCGAGGACUACAUUACCGGUGACGUUGACGAGAAUCGAUACCAAGAUGUUAUGCGGCACUAUUAUCUGAAGAACGGCUGGAAGCUGUAUACUAUUCAAGAUCUGCUCAAGACCCUCUGCCGCCUGGCGUUGACAUGCAAGAGCCUCGAUGCGAAGGAGAAGACGCCGGAUCUCAUCCAGCAGUAUCUCCUCAACCGGGAGAGGGAAGAGACGAGCUAUCAGACAGAAAUCAGUGCCCGAAAAUUCGCCGAGAAGUGUGUCAAGGAUGGCGACCUGUUUGUCAUUUGCUGGUUCCCUCAGAAAUCGGAAGCCACAGUUCGAUGGCUCCAGCGAGACGAGACAACGUUCUACAUGGACGAAAUGCAGACGCGUGACAAAUGGCAGUACUACAUCUCGUCUUAUGUUCGAGUGGAGCCUACAGAAGGUGUUCCUCGAGCCAAGCUGCGGAAAGUCGUUCUCACUCGCAACUUGCCCUCCGGAGACUCCGAGUCGGACGAGGACGCCAUCCCCAAGCCUGUGUCGUACAAAGAGGACCUCACGGUCAGCAUCUGUCUUAAGAGUUCCAAGAUGAUCUGGGCCCCAGGCACUUCUGAGUAUUUUGUCUACGAUCAGGCACCAAAGACCAAGGAACAGCGUGAGCAUCGCGAGAAGUUCAUCAAGGCGCUGAGCAACUACCGCGAGCUCAAGUUUUCUGAGAAGAUGAUCCACAACCCGGUCUGGGCCAAGGAUAUGAGCCCCGAGGAGGUUCAAGAACAGAACAAGAAUUUCCGCAAGUGGAUGGACGAAGGCAUCCCUCCGCCGGCUUCGAAUGAGGAUGUGGAUAUGGACUAG